CCGCUGACUCACUUGGUGCCCGAGGUAAAAGGCACCCAGAUAAAAAGUAGGAAAGGAGGAGGGGAGAGAAGGAAGUGUCCAGGCUGAGCACAUGAAGGGGCCCUCACCCACCAGCAGCCUCCUGCUGCUGCUGCUGCUCCUGAGCCCAGACCCCGGAGGAGCGUCGCCCCUGGCACACAGCACUGCAUCAUGCUGUACUCAGCUCUCCCGACAGCCACUCUCAAGCAAGCUACUGAGGAAGGUCAUCCAGGUGGAACUUCAGGAAGCUGAUGGGGACUGUUACCUCCAGGCCUUUGUGCUUCACCUGUCUCAACGCAGUGUCUGCAUCCACCCCCAGAACCGCAGCCUGACUCAAUGGCUUGACCGCCAAGGGAAGAGGUUCCAGGGGACUCUGCCCAACCUGAGUUUGGAGAUGAUACGGAAAAUGGGGCGGCGGCCCCAGUAGCCAAAUUAAUAAAGCAGUAUUGCACAAUA